UCUCAUUCAAAAAUACAUGCACAAAUCCAUCAAAAAUGCCCAUUGUUAUCGCAAAGUUUUUAAUCUUGUGGAUGUGCUGCACGUAUCACAUGUUCUCCCGGUCUCUGCAGCGUAUCUACACUCGCUCCAUCAGCAGCCUGCUCAGCGGCGCGCCGUCAGGUUUCUCUCUCGCCAGCCUCGCGUCCUUUAAAACAGUCCGACUUAUUUCUGCAGCCAUGCAAAACUAAUGAAGGGCAGUUAAACUAAAUUAUUAGCCAGAAGGGUAAAUCGUUAAACCUGGGCACAGCUACAGAUAUUUAGAGUGAAAAGAGUAAAGUAAAAAAGGAGAGUGAGGCCAGAAGAGAAAAACUCGGGAAGAACUAUUUUGUGUGGCGCUGUGCGGUGUUAAAAAAAAAAAAAAAAAAAAAAAAACUUUAUUUUUUUGUUUUUGCAAUUGUGGGAAUCUUGGUUUCGCAAUGCCUUCGAGCUACAGCCAGCGCUCCUUGAUUGUUCUUACGCUCCUGGGGAUUCUGUCAGCCAUCAUGUCGGCUUUGUCCGUCAUCCUCAUUUUUCAGCUGCAGUCGAACCAGGCUGGAAUUAAAGAUGUUACCUCGCCCCCCUCGGGAAUCCCGGUCGAGAUCUCCGCGGUUCUCCUGCCUGUGGCCGCUGUCCUCACCGCCCUGUCCCUGACUCUCAACCUCAGCUCUGUGGUGGUGUGUCUGCUGCACGGCUACUUUGUCACCGAGAUCUGCAGAGAGGACGCCGAUACUGACAGGGCAGACUGGUUCCUACUGGACAGCAGAGCGGUCCGUCACGUAGCCAUUGGCCUGUUUUGUCUGGGGGUCUCGGUAUACCUGACAGCUCUCUCCAUCUACAUGCUGAUGCUGUUUGAGAUCGAGACUGGCAUUGCCAGCGCUUGCAUCCUGUCCUCGGGGGUCUUAGUGCUGCUUAUUAUGGUGGCACACUCCCUGCUGAAGGCGUCGCGCACGGCCAAGAACCACUGCUCGGAGCUCUCCAACACCAUGUUCGAGAACGACCACGGCAACGUCAACGCCACGCCAGCCACGGAGCCCAGCGGCGUCGUCAGGGAGGCACAGAAGCCACGGACCCGUCCGGACAUCCACCGCCAGUUCUCCUACCCACCCUGCAGCGACGGCAAGCAGCUGCUGUACUCCUCCCCCUCCGGGAGCCACGUGACCUCCACCACGGCCAGCCACGGUGCCAACAGCAGCGCGCCACGGAUGCACAGGACACUGUCGGCAGAGUCGGGCUUGCUGCAGGCUCAGCCGUGGAACGGGAUCAACAGCGAGAUGAGGACCGUGCUGGCCAGGAAGUCUGGAGGCACCGGGAAAGACUCUACCCUGGUCUGAGCUGUUUUGUUGGUUUCGAUUGUGUUUUCUGCCAAGACCUCACAUGAUUUGGGUUAACCUCGUUGAAUCCUGGAUACCCCUACAGCUGUAGCCAGUGUGUUACCUUCAAUACAACUGCCCCGGACCCUAGAUACGGCAUCAGUAUUCUCUAGAGUGGAGCUAGUGUAACAGGCAGUGUUGUGUGAGGCACUGCUGGUAUGGAUUUUGUUCCCAGUCAGCGAGAUGAGAUGAGGUCAAAAGCUCUAAAACCAUGAAUGCAGACGAGCCUGGCUGUUUUGCAUAGCGGUUAAGAAGCUUGCUGGCGGUGUGCGGGUCGCCUCUUCACGCCCAGCCUCUGCCCUAUUAAAGCAAAGUGGAACAUCGUACAAACAAAAUGUAAGGUCAGAACUACAAACUAUCUCAGUUUACACUGGCUACUUCUGCAGGGGUUUCCAGAAUAAAAAGAGGCUAAAUAAGAACAAGGAUUUUUUCUUUUCUUUUUUUUUUAAACUUCACGUCAGUAUUUUAGGGGAGGAGAUAAUGUAGAAAUGUUGACCAAAAAUAAAACGAGCCAAAAACUGAACACUCACCCCCAGUUAAGCCUUGAAGGAACAAACAAAAAAAAGGUGAUUGCAGCCUGAAAACAAUGCUGCAGGUGGACUAAACCAGGCCUUUCUGAACAUCAAGUUGGGCUUUCCUACAGGACCUUUGUGAUGCUAACAAUCACACUCACUGCUGGAUUUUUGGGACCAAUUUCCACCAUAUUUUCUUCGCUACAGCAGGAAACCUCUAAGUGUGAGCAUUACAAAAUUUCAAGAAAAUUGUCCAUUUAUUUCUCUGAUGCAUUUCCUAAAGUUUCUUCAUUCUUCUUAAGGAUAAAAAUCUGACCCCCUUUCUAAAGCCUUCCAAACAACUACACUCAAUGCUUACAAAGUGGCAGUGUAUAGACGUGUAUAGAUGACAAUAAGGAGACCAAAGCUGGUCUGUGCAACUGUAACAGUAAAUUAUAAAAACAUACUGCCAAAACUAUUAUUCAACAUAGAAUCGAAUUGAAUUGUAUAGAACAGAGGUGGCCAAAGUUGGUCCAUCCUUUCCUGGUCUUUGUUCCAACUCUGAUCUAAAUUGUUAACCAAUUACACCUCCAUCCAGACCCUGAAGUAGUUCAUGAUCUCAUUGUACCUGUUAAACCUGGAGUGGAAUAGCCCUCCAGGAUCGGGAUUGGACACCCCUGAUGUAUAGAACAACAACUGAAUUUCCUUUUUGUUUCUCAGAA